UAAUGUUUUGUACACUCAGUGUAUGUGUAGGGUUGGACGGUGCAAUUGGUGUGCCCUCCAUUUUUGUGACAAAAUGUGCAAUUCACACUAUGUGCAAUAGGUUACGCCACACAGCUUCUAGCCUACCGGAAACGCAUACGAAGAAGAAAGGGCAGUGAACAGUGAUCAAGAAACAAUUUCCACGUUAGCGGUUUUGUUGUGAUUUAGACGUUUAUUAACAACCUGUAACUCAUAAUAUGACUCAUUUAACUGCACAGCAUCGAAUACUUAACCCAUGUGGUGUUUAAUUCGCUCUAGAGACAGAACUUGGUUGAUAGAUGGUAUCUAGAUAACGCUAGCUGCUAACAAUGGCUAACUGUAUGGUUUUUCACACUCAAAUAGCCUCCAUUAUGGAGGUGCUAGCGAAUGCAGCCGUGGCAGAGAUCUGUAAACUCGUGGACGACGACUAUGCAGUGUUUCGUUUGGAAAUAACUCAAAGCCGGAAAGAAAACAGGGCAUUGCGGAGGAAACUACUAGAACUGAAGGUGGCACGGGAGCGCGCAGAGAGGACAAUGCGAGAGCGCGUCCUUACCAGUCGUCCCAGUAGUGUCAAGAUCCUCGACCGAUACAGAGGAACCGCAAGAGGUGAAGGACAUCCCACUGGAGGCCAAAGGAGCUUUGUGAAGCCAGCGGGACACAAUACAUGGAGAGAUGACCAACCAAUCACUGUUGAUGAGGGUGGUGGAACCUCAAACCAGCACGUUAUUGUGAUAGAGUCUGCAGAUGCAGAGGCUGCAGGUCCUGGGGUCAAGCAGGAGAGGACUGAAGGUGAGGAGGACCCAUGGCACAGCAGAGACAUCCAGACUGGAGUAGCUGGAGCACCCCCUGUAGCCACAGAGGACCCCACCACUGUCCCAGCGCAGCCCAGGACCAGACGCAGCAUCACGGAGGUCAGUGGAACGCAGAACGCCGUCCUCAAGUCAGAGACCAAGACUUUAACACACAGGCUCUUAAACACAGGAUCUGACCACAAAUCAGACCCAGAGAGACUGGGGAGACCGGGCUGUCCUCCUGCUCCCGGCUCAGAGUAUUUACCAGUAUUUCACCAUAGCCAGAGGAUGGUUCAUUCCCGUGGUGAUAGUGAUAUGUUAGACACUGGAGGUGAUGAUCCGUCUUGUUCUUACACUACAGAGAUGGACCGUGACAACAUAUCCUUGGGUUUAGAGACACAGACUGAUCUGUCUAGAGGGGACUGGAACCAGUACAGUAGUAGUGUAUACUCUGAAGGGUGCCUAGAUAAGGAAGAGGAGGUUAUAGUGGUAGAUGAAGUGACUGUGAAAGUGGAGGGCGACGCUCCUCCCACGUGGAAUGCAGAUAGUCACCUUGGAGACGGACACUCACAGGGCAGAGAUUUCCUAGAUUACAGGGAAAGCUUAGAGACUGAUCUAAAUGUCACCGCCCACUCCCCUUUACACUUGUUCGGGGAUCUAGACCCAGUGUCCACGUCGAUGGGGCCUUCCGAUUCACACAGCCACAUCCUUUUCGAUCAGGUAUUGAACUCAAACGACAGGGUUAGAGUCCCGGCUCAGGGAGGGGGAGCAACAUCAGGCAAUAGUAAAGAGAAACGGUUCCUCUGCAUGUUCUGUAACAAAGGCUUCAGCUGCCUCCAGAAGGUGGAGAGGCAUCAGAGGGUCCACACAGGGGAGAAACCCUACAGCUGUACCCAGUGUGAGAAGAGGUUCUCCCGCCAGGACCAUCUGAAGAUGCACCUGAAGGUCCACACGGGAGAGAGGCCGUUCGCCUGUAUGCACUGUGGGAAGAGGUUCUCAGAAAAGAGAUACCUCAGGAUACACCAGCAGAAAAAUCAUUCUACUCUAUAACAUAAAGUAACCAUUCCACAUAAUCUUUUGACUUUUAGAUCAAACCCUGCAUUAAUGGCAUUUUUAUUAUAUUUUAAAUGUUGCCAGCAGAAAAGAUCCACAGAUUGUGUCAUAUUUAAGCCUAAAAAGUCUUUCAUAUUAUUUGUGCUGUGUAGGCUAUAUGAUGAUCAAACUUUUCCAAGGCAAUUAGUGAUAAUUUAUUCAGUUUAUCAUGUUCAUGCUGAUUUAGUUGAGACGUAUGUGUGGUUUUCAUAUGGUGUAUUUAACACUUGUUUGUUUAAUAAACUAAAAUUUUACUUUUUA